GGCCGCCUUUGGACGCGUGUGCCGCGCUGCUUCAAUUGGAUUGCCCGUAAUCUUGACCGGCCGAUGCUCCACCGAUAAUCUCGCCCAUCUCGAAUAGAGCGCAGCCUCCAAAAAACACGACAAGCGCCGCAGGCUUAGAUUUGUUUUACGUCUUGCGGUUUCUUUUUUUCAUUCGGGAAGUGUUCCGUUGCCGUCUAAAUUUAAACGUGUUCCCGAGAUUCUAAAUAAAAUGUGUCAUUCCGCGAUCGUGCGUGUGUGUUAAGUAAUGCAAACAAAUAAAUGAUAAUGAUAAAAAGGCGAUAAACGUUUAAAGCUUCGAGCAAGAAAAGAGGUGCAAAAAAACAAAAAGAAAACCCCAUAUUCGCUUGAUUGCGCAUCGCACGGCGGAGAGAGAGAAAGUGUGUCCGCGGAGUGCCAGAGUUCAGGAGCGGAGACGCCUCGCUGACAGGUUCCUGCUGUCAUCCAUAUUGCACCAUCGCUCAUCGGGCGAGGACCCAUUAAAAGUUCGGAUCCCAGGUUUCACUCACACUCCCACACUCCCCACAUCCUCUCUAAAUGGCGGACGACGAUUUGAGGGCCCUGGUCGACAGCCUGGAUGACGUCUCGCGUGAGGAGGACCUGGCCAAGGUCAUCGCCAACUUCUCGAUGGACAUACUGCAGCGGGCCAGCGCCCUAAUUGGCGCCCACCAGCCGCCCAGUGGGGCGCUGCAGAACCGAACGCAACUGUGUCAGGAGCAGGCGGACCUGGAGGCACAAACAGCUGGUGGCAAGCGGAUUUUACAAUGUCCCAGCUCGUUUGAUUCGGUGCUGUGUUGGCCGCGAACAAAUGCCGGCAGCCUGGCAGUUUUGCCCUGUUUCGAGGAAUUCAAGGGCGUUCACUACGACACCACAGAAAAUGCCACUCGCUUUUGCUUUCCAAACGGAACGUGGGACCACUACUCGGACUACGAUCGUUGUCAUCAGAACUCUGGUUCCAUACCCGUAGUGCCAGAUUUCUCACCCAAUGUCGAACUGCCGGCAAUAAUAUAUGCCUGUGGUUACUUCCUAAGCUUUGCCACCUUGGUGGUGGGCCUCAUCAUAUUCCUCAGCUUUAAAGAUCUGCGUUGCCUGCGAAACACCAUUCAUGCGAAUCUAUUCCUCACCUACAUCACUUCAGCCCUCCUGUGGAUUCUCACUUUGUUUCUGCAAGUGAUUACCACAGAGUCUAGUCAGGCUGGCUGCAUAACGCUGGUCAUCAUGUUCCAAUACUUUUAUUUAACAAACUUUUUCUGGAUGUUUGUGGAGGGUCUCUAUCUGUACACUUUGGUGGUGCAAACAUUCUCCAGUGAUAACAUUAGCUUUAUUACCUACGCUUUGAUAGGCUGGGGCUGUCCAGCUUUAUGCAUUUUGGUGUGGUCCAUUGCCAAGGCAUUUGCUCCACACCUCGAAAACGAGCACUUCAAUGGGCUGGACAUUGAUUGUGCUUGGAUGCGUGAAUCUCAUAUUGACUGGAUUUUCAAGGGACCUGCCUCACUGGCUUUGCUGGUGAAUUUAGUAUUUCUCAUACGCAUCAUGUGGGUGCUCAUCACUAAAUUGCGUUCUGCCCACACCCUGGAAACGCGGCAGUAUUAUAAGGCCUCGAAGGCUCUGCUGGUGCUGAUACCUCUUUUCGGGAUCACUUAUCUGUUGGUCUUAACCGGACCGGAACAGGGCAUCAGCCGUAAUCUCUUCGAGGCCAUAAGAGCCUUCCUCAUCAGCACACAGGGCUUCUUCGUAGCGCUUUUCUACUGUUUCCUAAACUCCGAAGUACGUCAAACGCUGAGGCAUCGUUUCACCCGAUGGCGCGAGAGCAGGAAUAUCCACCGGAACAGUUCCAUCAAGAAUCGCAGGCAUCGCGCCUCAAAAGACUACUCGCUGAGAUCGCGAACCGAAAGUCUACGACUGACAUCAACAAGUCCUGUACCCACCGGACACUAUGAAUGAACACCACACACAAAUAUGUAUACGACACAGAGAUUUCCCCCACAUACAUGUAGACCAUAUCCUUUUGUCCUUAAGUAUUGCAUGAUAGUUUACAACAUAAGAGCUCAGAUUAAAGUAUUAUAUUUUUUAUAAACGGA